CGCAGCUGAUUGCUGGUCCGAUUGCUGCUACCUCCCGUCCUCCGCCAGAAGUCUCAUCAGAUGCAGCCUUGGAACCGCCUUCCAGCGCCAGUUUCGGGUCCCCGCGGUGGACACAGCCUCAGGGAUGCCUUAUGUCUAGCCUUUUCCCGUUACCCAGUGUGCAGACCGCCGGACUCCAGGGGAAUCCGCCGUACUGAGGAAGCCUUUGGUCAAAAAGCCCAUGCCCCUGUUCCCACCCAAAGGUGAAAAUUCAUGAACCUGGCUGCCGGACUUGGCCCUUUAGGAAGAGUUAAUGCCCCCGCCCCCGCCCCCACCCCAGCGCACGGCCUGCUUUUCCCCACCCCUGAACAGCUUUCAAGGGCUCGUCCAAAUGAAUCUCCCAGAGGGUCCCUAGGCUCAAGUCCUCGCCGAGGUGACUGCGGGCUUUACUGCUCCCGGCUUCCUCACCCAGGAGCGGGCAAGCCGGAGAACGGCAGUGCCCUUCCUAGCAUCCCAGCAUCCUCUCACACACCAUCGUGCCCGCCCCGCGGUCCCCUGGGCCAUCAGUGCAGGCAGAGGAAGCGGCAGCCAGGAGCCAGGCCCCGGGUCUCACUUUGCCUUGGGAAGCAAAGAGAUCUGCCAGGAGCAGCACACAGCCCUGGGGAAGAUCCCUGGAUCGAGGCCCUUCCUGAGGCUUCCAGAGCUGGGGUGUCUGGUGACGGGGGCUCCCUCACAGCGGUCGUUUCUGCCCAUUUCCUGCCCUUGUCCACAAGUCCAGAGGAAGGUGCAACUGCAGGAGGGCAGGGCAGAGGGCGGGAAGGGAGGGGAACGCACCUCUGCGCCAGGCGAAGCCUUGGGCUGCCAGAGCCAGGCUCCUCAGCUUUGGAUUCCACACGGGCUGGGGAGGACAAGGGGACCCAGUGAGCUCUGAGGAGAUCCCUGUGGAACUCACCAGCUAUAUUUAUGCACAGAAGUUUUUAACACAGUCUUACAGAGUUGAGUGCAAAGGCACAGCUUGGGACAGGCUGCCCCCUAGCGCCAGGAGGGACAAAUUCUCUAUGGACGCCCAGCCCUUCUUUUAUUUAUUGCAAAGGUACUUUCUGAGUUACAACUUAGGCCCUGAUGUUACCCUUGGCAUGGGAAUACAGAAGUCCUAAGGCCAUGGGGAGGACCGGCCUUCAUGGUUUUCUCUCCGAGGGGCUUCUUGGAUGUGGGACUUUUAGAGAUAAACAUAAGACAGCCUCGUGGGUAGGUGCUGCGGAGGAAAGCAGCGAGGGACCCCCUCUGCACGGGGUGAGGGCUGGCCGGUCCGGGAAGGGCCCGAGGGCUCACUGGGAUGAUGAGAACCAGUCUGAUGCGCAGAGAAGAGCGUUCUGGAAGAAAAGCACACAGACCCUGGCAGCAGCGAGUGUGGCACCUUCGAGAAGCAGAAAGAAGCCAGCAUGUGUGCAGCGAGGUGUGCUGGCGCUGUGGGCCCUGGUGACGCACGUGAUGUACAUGCAGGACUACUGGAGGACCUGGCUCAAGGGGCUGCGCGGCUUCUUCUUCGUGGGCGUGCUCUUCUCGGCCGUCUCCGUCGCCGCCUUCUGCACCUUCCUCACGUUGGCCAUCACCCAGCACCAGAGCUUCACAGACCCCACCAGCUACUACCUGUCCUGCGUGUGGAGCUUCAUCUCCUUCAAGUGGGCCUUCCUGCUCAGCCUCUACGCCCACCGCUACCGGGCCGACUUCGCCGACAUCAGCAUCCUGAGCGACUUCUGACCCAGGGAGCAAGGUCGCUGCGGCCGGGGGCCCUUGGACCUGAACUCAGCCUCUGAGACCUGGGGCGGGCCUGCUCCCGGCCCCGGGGACCCCAGAACUGGGGCAGAAGGUACACAGCGGGAUCAGUGCACUUCCCAGGAAUCUCGUUGGCCCCUUUGGGGUGCAGUGGGAAGGAGGUCCUUCCGUGUUGCCCACUGGUCCUGCGGGAGGGCAGCUCCAGCCCUUUGCAAAUGGUUCUAUUUCCUUAGCCCUCGGUGAAGAAUCUUCAUAAGCAGGGCCCGGACACAAAGUCAGGGGUCGGGUCGGGUCGGGUCGGGUCGGGUCGUGAGGCCUUGGCUGGUGCGGAGCCCGUGGUUUGCUCCCGGCUGCCCCGGGCGCUCUUGCUGAGGCUGGGUGCUCAGGCCCAAUGAGAAGUCUCUGUUUGAGACCCCCAGCCCCAGUCCCCAGUGCCCCUGGCCUGUCUCUCCGCGGGGAGGGCCAGGUAGCCCAUGUCGCCAGUCAGAGGCGACACUGCGCCAGGCCUGGGGGUUGAGUGGAGAGUUUGGCGCCCCGCCCCCACCCCCCCCACCUGAGCCGGUCCCCAGGUGUGCCGCGCCGGCCACCUUCCUCUGUCUCACAGUCCACGCGGCCCAAGGCAGCGUUCUCCGGACGAGGGUCCGACGGCACUGCGCAUCUAUGCCCAGGAACCCUGUGCUUCCUCACUGCCCCCGUGCCUGGCACCCCACUCCCACCCUCCCUGCUGCCCUCUGGCCGGGCUGCCCUCCUCCAGUGGCCCCUGCAGAGGGGCCACUCUCCUGCCCAGGCGCUGGCCCUCGGGCUCGCCUCGCUCGGGGCAGAGCUGUGUACGCACACCUGCCACCUUAGGUUGCUAUUCUGCACAUCUGCUCCUUUUCCACGUGUGUCCGCCCCAGCUCUUUGCCUCACCCACGUCAGUGUCACUGAGCAGAAAUACAGCAGUCCUUUGUGCCUGA